UGCCAGGUACUGCAUUUCUGGAGGAAGGACCAGGAAGUGGCAGCUCAGCUUUUAAAGCAUUCUUUCAACAUGAGAUCUUCCCUGCAAGCGGUGGCACUCUGGGGAGUAAAGGCACCCCCUCACAGCAUUACUGCCAUCAUGAUUACUGAUGACCAACAAACAAUUGUCACGGGAAGUCAAGAGGGUCAACUCUGUCUCUGGAAUCUCUCACCGGAACUAAAUAUUUCAGCAAAGGCACUUCUUUUUGGUCAUUCGGCUUCAAUAACAUGUUUGGCGAGAGCAAGGGACUUCUCCAAACAGCCUUAUGUUGUCAGCGCUGCUGAAAAUGGGGAGAUGUGGAUUUGGAAUGUCACCAAUGGACAGUGCGUGGAGAAGGCCACACUUCCUUUCCGGCACACUGCAAUCUGUGUGAAAGAUUCCCUCUUGGUGGUCUCUCUAGCUGGGGAGCUCAAGGUCUGGGAUCUGUCUUCGUCAAUCAAUAGCAUUCAGGAAAAGCAAGAUGUCUACGAAAAAGAAUCCAAAUCUCUUGAGUCCUUGAACUGCCAGACAAUCCGGUUUUGCCCAUAUACAGGGAGGCUUCUGCUGGUGGUUUUUUCAAAGUGUUGGAAGGUUUAUGAUUAUUGCGAUUUUUCUCUCCUGUGGACUGAAGUUAGCACACGUGGGCAGGUCUUUGCUGGUGGGGAGGUGCUUGCUGCUCACAGAAUUGUCAUCUGGACAGAAGAUGGUCACAGUUUUAUCUAUCAGCUGCUGAACAGUGGGCUUUCAAAAAGCAUAUACCCUGCUGAUGGAAGAGUACUUAAAGAGACCAUUUAUCCUCAUUUACUCUGCUCUACUUCUGUGCGAGAAAAUAAGGGCCUUCCCUUUGUUAUGGGAUACAUGGAUGAAAGGAAAGAGCCUUUUUAUAAGGUACUUUUCUCCGGAGAAGUCUCUGGAAGGAUUACUUUGUGGCACAUUCCUGAUGUUCCUGUUUCAAAGUUCGAUGGUUCUCCUCGAGAAAUACCAAUAAGUACGACCUGGACUCUUCAAGAUAAUUUUGAUAAGCAUCAUUCCAUGUCACAAAAUAUUAUUGACCAUCUCUCUGGGUUUAGAGAAGGCACUGGAACUGCAGUAGUCACCUCAUCAGUGUACAUUCCAAGUCUCGACAAACUAAUAUGUGGCUGUGAAGAUGGGAGAAUUUUCAUUACACAAGGUUUACAUGCUGCCAAAGCAGGACUCCUGGAAGGUGGUUCCUUAUUAAGAGAUUCCCUUUCUCACAAAGUUCUUAAAGGCCAUCACCAAGGUGUUACUUCAUUACUAUAUCCACAUGGUCUCUCAUCAAAAUUGGACCAAAGUUGGAUGGUGUCUGGGGACUGGGACUCAUGCGUCAUCUUGUGGGAUAUCUUUACUGAACAAAUUUUGCAUAAAUUCUGCUUGGAAGCUGGCCCAGUGACUAGUCUUUCGAUGUCACCAGAGAAUUUCAGAUUAAGAGGUGAUCCGAUAAUUUGCUGUGUGUGCAGUGACCAUUCGGUGGCUCUUCUCCACCUGGAGGAGAGGAGCUGUCUCCUCCUUGCCCGGAAGCACCUGUUCCCCGUGAGGACAAUAAAAUGGCACCCUGUGGAGAAUUUUUUAAUCGUUGGAUGUGCAGAUGACUCUGUGUAUAUCUGGGAAAUCGAAACAGGCACGUUGGAAAGACAUGAAACAGGAGAAAGAGCAAGAAUUAUUCUUAAUUGUUGCGAGGAUGCCCAGCUUCCAAAGCCUGAGUCUGCACUUCUAGUUGCCUCAGAAAUACACAAGCACAAAAUUGUAGAGCAGCGGUCUUCUAGCUCCUACCAGCUUGGGCCAGGACCUUCUCCUGGACUGCAGGUGGGAUCUUCAUAUCAGGUACUGGAGAGCAAAUUCUGUGGCCCAAGACCCCUUUAGAUCCUGCCAUACAAAACAACAUGGAGUAACUUGGGCUUUCACAUGCUCUUAUUUGACCUUGAAAACCUUGUGGAGCUUCUGUUGCCAACUCCCAUCAGUGAGGUUGACGCCUGCAAUUCGUUCUAUGGCAGUGAGAUCCUGAGACGAGCCAAGAGCACGGUUGAGAAGAAGACAUUAACGCUGAAGAAACAUAAGACUGCUUGUGGGCCUCUCUCAGGGGAGACACAAGCCAAACCUGCAAUUGAAAGCCCAGUCCAAGAAGAUAGCACCCCCAAGCUCUUUGAAGAAAAUGAGGGCAUCAAGAGGCAUAAGAAGAUGAAGAGUUCCAAAAAGAUGCACGCUAAGCCAUCAAGAAAGGUGGAUGCCACCCUCACAGUAGACACAGCGAAAUUGCUUCUGUCUUGCCUCUUGCCGUGGGGAUUGGAUAAAGAAUUAGAUAAUCUUUGCAUGAAGCAUCUCAAUAUUUUAAAGCUUCAAGGUCCCGUUUCUUUAGGACUUGCUUCAAAUGAAGACCACUUCUCCUUGAUGCUGCCGGGUUGGGACUUAUGUCAGGCCGAUUCGAUGAAGGACUCGACCAGAGUCAAUUUAUUUUCCAGAAAAGUUUUGGAUUUGUCGACUAAAUACACAGCCACCCUUCCGAUCCAUGCGGGGAUGUCCAGAGGAGUGGAGGAUCAUUGUGAUUCUUUGCAAGAGUCAAGCAUGAUUGCUUAUUUACUGAACAAAUUAUUUUUAGUUAAUAAGUUGGUUAACAUGCCUGUAGAAUGGGCUCGUGGAACUGACAGCAAUUCCUUCAAAAUGGAAUCUUCCCAUAAUAAGGCGAAAAAUCUUGGUAAUGAUAUUUUGAAUAUUUCAAGCUUCUGCAGUUACUUACGAAAUGGUGUGAAUGAACCCCAUAUGCCAGAGGCUGACCUCUCGCUUUUGAAGCUCAUUUCCUGUUGGAGAGACCAGUCUGUGCAGGUAAUGGAAGCAAUCCAAGCUGUUCUCUUGGCAGAAGUUCAACAGCAACUGAAAACCUUGAGAAAGGCACCAAUCAUCAUGCAGCCAAUGUCCCCAGCAGAGAGAGAACCUUGUGAGAUGAUGGUGCAGACCUUGCCAAAGCCUGAGCAGCUGGAUUUGCAGUGCAUUACCAGCAAGCCUCUGCAGACUCCAGUCAGUCUGGUCAAGCAUGACAGAAACUCAAACUCGGCAAACUUCCAAGACGCAGAGGACAUGCCUGACAGAUGUGUCUUGGAAGAGUCUGAGAGUCCAGGUAAAACAAAGCAUCGUGCCUGGCUCGUGAAGGUGUGCUCCUGCAAAGUGUGCUAAAUGGAAUCGUAUCUGCAGCACUGCAUUCAUGGAGAUCGUCAGAAGUCGCCAGCUGUUCAUCGGCUAUGAGUUAUGUUGUAGUGGUUACAGCAACAGACUGUAGAGGAUUUGCUAAUACAUUUGCAAGACCACAUUGAAGUGAGAGGUACCCAGAUGCAUCUGACUUUAGAGUAGCACUGUCUACAUAAUUCUAUAGUCUGUUUUCCAUUGUGUUAAUAUUUCCAGAAUAACAUCCUUCAGGCACAUAUUUAAAACUUUAUAAAGAUUUUCUUCCUUGUUUUCAAUUAUUGAGUUAUAUUUAUCAAA